GGCUGCAUUUUCCACUUCAUAGCUCGCGCUGGUAGAGAGGAGAGAGUGUCGGUAUGGGUGUGUAUGAGCAUGCAAGAGUUCUGUAUGAGUGUGUGUAAGAGUGUAAGAGUAUCUAUGAGAGUGUAAGAGUGUUAUAAGUGUAUGUAAGAGUGUGUAAGAGUGUGUUUAAGAGUGUAUGAGUGUGUAUGAGUGUAAGAGUGUAUAAGUGUAUAUGAGUGUGUGUAAGUGUGUAAGAGUGUGUAUAUGAGUGUAAAUGUGAAUAAUCGGACGGAGUUCAGAUGAUGACCCAGGCUCCGGUUCUGAAGCGGUACCGGGAGGAGGAGCUGGUGGCGGUGGGUCUGGUGAGAACCAGCGGCGGCGCCUGUCUGCGCGGAGCUCUGCGGGGAACAGCGCGCCGUGUGGCGGUCAAACUGCUCAGCCGCUCCGCCGCUCAGAGCAGUGCCCAGCUUGCACAGGUGGAGAAGGCACUGGCGCUGGGUCAGGUGUGUUCUGAGCGGGUUCUGGUUCCGCUGGGUUUGUACCGGGCCGGAGGUCUACUGGGAUUAGUGUGGGACUGGAUGGCUGAGGGAUCUCUGCAUUCGUUACUGUAUGAGACUCAGCUCUAUCCGGAUCUGCCCUCAGGGCUCCGGCUGCAGCUCCUGCUGGACGUGGCUGAGGGACUGAAGCUCCUGCAUGACGUUCCUGUGGUUCAUGGAGCUCUGAAGACCACCAACGUUCUACUGGACCAGCAGUACCGCGCCAAGUUGUGUGACUGGGGGCAGCAGGGGGUCCUGGAUUUACGGGCGUCUGUAUCCGGUGCCGGGGGUCCGUGUUUCAGAGAUUUGGCCUAUAUGUCUCCUGAAGUUCUAGAAGGAGGAGUUCCAUCAGUAAAGUCAGAUAUAUACAGUUUUGGGGUUCUGAUCUGGGAGGUAAUGAACCGACGACGACCAUGCGAAUGUUUGGAUCAUCUGCAGACCCUGCUACUGUUUACUGCAGAACCCAAACUUUUACCCCCAGAUACCCCCCAGUGCCCCGCCCUCACCCAGCUCAUCAUCAGCUGCUGCUCCAACCAACCCAGCCAGCGCCCCCUGGCUGAAGAGUGUGUGGAGGAGCUCAGGAAGGCCGUGGCCUCGUUCAGCUCGGAGGUUUCUGCUGAUGCUGCUCUCAGACUGAGAUCAUGCAGGGAGAGAGCGCUGCUGAACUGUAAACACUCCGCAGGGUGGGAGCUGCCCAUAGAGCUCAACAACCUGGAGGGCUCCAGCGGCAGCGCGUGUCCGAAGAUCCUGACCUCUAAAACGAUGCCGCUGAACGUGAUCUGCUUAAAUAACACUGAUCCACAGAGCUCCAGAUCAGAGGGGACGAGUCCCAGAGCCAGUCCAGCUUUACCCACUGCAGCCAGGGCCUCCCCUCCAUCAGCUUCACCUCCAUCAGCCUCCCCUCCAUCAGCUUCACCUCCAUCACCCUCCCCUCCAUCAGCUUCACCUCCAUCACCCUCCCCUCCAUCAGCUUCACCUCCAUCAGCUUGCCCCCGGACACCCUGUCCUCCGACGGCGUGCUGCAGGGAAAGCCCCAGUUGGUCCAGGAGACCCCCCAGCAUCUCCUGCCACAGCCCGGGUCUCAGACAGUGUGCUGCAGUCUGUGGAGUAAAUCAGACCAGAACCUCGAACCCAACACCUCCAAACACACCAUGUGGUUCUCCAACAACAGCGAUCCAAAACCCCUGCUAUAGAAACCAGGGAUGCCAGCGCUCGUCUGCGGGGUGGAGUUGCUGCCGGCUCCUGCAGGAGAGGCGGGAGGUCAUCGUCCAUCGCAUGACCGAGGGGCGACUCAACAACCUGCUGGACGUCCUGCGGUCCCGACAGGCCGUAACACGCGAGAGUUACGAACUCAUCACCGCCGCUCUCACGCUGACCGCUCGCACCCGCUGCCUGCUGGACGUCUGCGCCUGCCUGGGCGAGAACGUCUCCAUCCUGGUGGCCAGCACCCUGGGCCUGGUGUCGGCGGGGGCUGCCCGCGGCCACGCCCGGCCCCGGACCCCGUCUACAGGACAGGCCGGCUGAGCGCUGUUAGGCCACGCCUCUCCUGAAACAGGAAUUCCUUUCAUUCCUUUGAUUCCUUUGAUGUGGUUCAGGUUCAGAGACAGUAUUCUGGAAGGUGAGACAUCUUCACCAUCUUUACCCUCUUCCAGCCUGAUCAAACGAUUUGAUCUGAUUUGAUCAGAUUACAUCAGAGCAGCACACAAAACCUAAAAGACAACUGUAAACGGUGCUCAAUCACAGAAAACAGCAACAGAUCUGUUAGAAACACAGGUGUUAAAUGUGUUAAAGGGUUAAUAGAGGUGUUAAAGAGGUUAAUACUGAGUCAGAGCUGACUCCGCCCCCUCAUCCACCCAGGUGUGUUAAAGGGAAAGGUGCAUUCAGAGAAUCAAACUGAUAAAAACUCUGUAGAAAAAAGGGAACUCUGUUGAAGAGGGAAAUUCCUUUUUAAGUCCAUUAAUCAGACAUUAGAACAGUCCUAUAGUUUAGCAUUAUUUAUUUUAUCUUCAUCUUAUCAGUGGCUUUAUUACUGCAGUUCUUCACCUGUCUCAGUCCUUAAUCAUGUUAAUCUGAGCUAAAGGCUAAAGCUGCUGUUUCCAUGUGGGUCAGCCAGACGUCUUCCUGUAGCAGUUUUUUUUCUCCAGUUUCCAAGAGUCUGAGUUUGAAGGUGUAGGAAAUCCCGUUCUUGACGCUCUCUGACUUCAUCUGUAAUUUCUCUAAAGAAAAGACUUGAUAGUUAGAGACUUUAAUAGUUUUUAUUACCGUUAUUAUACAUGCUUACUAUUCACACAUAAAAAAAAAACUCAAAAUCUGAAUAAUACAUGUAUUAUUUGGCACCUUUAAUCAAAAACAGGGAAUAAAAUAUUUUUCUGGUUCAUGUCCUAUUUUUAAGAUCAUUUUAAGUAUUUAAGUAACAGCUAAAGCUGCUGUUUCCAUGUGGGUCAGCCAGACGUCUUCCUGUAGCAGAUUAUUUUCUCCAGUUUCCAAGAGUCUUUAUUUGAAGGUGUAGGAAACAGUACUCACCGCUCUCUGACUUCAUCUGUAAUUUCUCUAAAGCACAUGUGUCAAACACAAGGCCCGCGGGCCAAAUGUGGCCCGCCACGUCCUUUUAUGUGGCCCGCGAGAGCUUGUAAGAUCUUAAGUGUCUAUAAUAAAUAGGUCAGAAGCGUUCUUUGACCAAAAACUACAUUUCCCACAAUGCUUGUCGAUUGUAUUACCCGCGAAGUUACGGCUUACUGCCACUACACGGCAGUGUAGUCAUUGAUGUGGAAACCCUGCCGGAGGGAAGGUGUAACUUCACGGGUGGAAUUGAGACAUAUAAAUGUUUAUCCCAUAAUGUCCAGAAAAAGAGAAGUUGAUGCAGACGGACGGCUGUGCUUCAAGGCGAAAGACCGGUAUGCCUUUUGUGUUACGAAAAGUGUUACUGACCAAAAUAAACACUUUUUAGAAGAGAUAUAAGUUCUGUGUAAAUAUUUAUAAGACAAUAGCUGACAAAAUCAGUUUUAAUGACGUUAAUAAACAUCACUGUGACAGCGCUAGUCGCAGUUUCACCACAGCAAAGUACGAGCACGUGAAUCACUUAUCUAACCAGCCUAUACUGAUUUCUGCCCUCAAUAACCCUUUCAAUAACCUCCAAUAGACUUUAAUAGUCUUCAGUAGCCUUCAACAGUCUAACCUUGCAGCCGUGGUGUUGUGGUGAUCAAAGUUAAUAUAACUUGUAUUUUAUGUCAUUUCUAUUCACUUGUAUAGUUUGGUUCUUGAUUUAUGGAGUUUUUGGAUUUCAUAACAUGACAAAUUAAAAGGAUUUAUGUUAAUAGAGCAACAAGCAAACAUUUUUUCCAUGCAACUGUAAUAUUUGAUUGAAUGAAUAGUAUAUUGAGAGUUAUUACAUUAAGGAGAAAAUACAUUCAUAUUAUAUUACAUCUGGUUACAUUUUCUUAUAUUUAUGUUACAUCUGGCCCUCAGAGGACAGCCAAUAUGCUAAUGUGGCCCUCGGCCAAAAUAAGUUUGACACCCCUGCACUAAAGAAAAGAAAGAACUUCUACUUUUAAUAGUUUUAACAGAGUUCUCUGUGUUUCUGUGUCUUUUUCUAGUUAUUAUGAUGAUGAAAGUGUGAAUGUGCUAUAAGUGUGUAAGUGUGUAAAUGCUGCUGCAAUAGAGAGUAACAGCAGUAAGUCUGUAACUUAUGUUUUAUCUCAGUAAUCAGAAAUCUGAGCAAUGAGAUAAAAUUCCUCUCUCUUUAUUGGAAUUUCCUAAUCUGAUUUUAGCUCUUAUCUGAUGUAAGAAAUCAGAAUAUGCUGUUUACAUUUGAAUAAUCAGAUAACUGCAGUAAUACGAUUAAGAAAAAUGUUUGUAAUAAUGGUUUUCAGACAUUCAUUUCAUAUUUUAGUUUUUUCCAUAAUAACAAGACAUCCAGUUAUGAUUAUUUUUAAAGUUUAUUUUUAUUAUGUAUGUUAAUGUGUGUUUAUUAUAUAGACUUUUUGAACGUGUGGUUUGAAAGGUGGUGAGUUAGUUGUGCAUGUUGUACAGGAAACAGAAUCCUCUCUGUAAUCAGAGCAGAUGAGUCUCUGCUCAGAUGUAGAUCAGAUGGUGGGUAUCUUGUAACAAGAGCUUUUAUUAUGUAAUGUAUUGUGUAAUAUUAUUAUGGUGGAAUGUUUUUUGUACCAACCGGAUUUGAAUUUGAAUUGUAUAAAUCUGAAUUAUUUUACAUCUCUGGCAAUAAUAAUAGAUUUGUUAUUAUUGGUUUGUAUGCUUUAUCUAAGUAUCCAGAUGUCGUAUUUCUGAGAUUUUAAUCUGAAUUAUGAACUGAAUUAUUUGAAUAUGUUCUGCAGCAUGUCUUAAACACACAUACACACUGUGCAAUACACGAUCUGUUAGAUCCAGAUCAGAUCUAAAUUUAUAUGAAGAAUUCAAAUCCAAAUCAUGUUGGUACUGAAAUCAUUCCAUAGAGUGUAUAUAUAUAUAUAUAUAUA